GACUAUUGUGAAUCUAGUGCCUGUAUCUAGUCAUCUUUGAACUGAGCUACCUACUCCGUCAUCAGCUUUUCCGGUUACCGUGUUACCUUCCAGCCUGUUGUUAUCUGUUAUCAAGAAUUAAUGUUUGAAUCGAAGAAGUGUAUUUUUUUCCUACUGUUUACAUUUUAUCCUGCAAUAUACUGUCAGUCGACUAUCUUUGAUCCAGAAACUGGGAAGUAUUAUCCAAUAUCUGAUACAUCUCGCAUAGAAGAUAUACCAUUCUUGUUACCAGACCCUGAUCCUAAAGAAUUUCCUCCUGAAUUUCUUGAAUCAUUGCUCAAACAUUGUGAUGAUCCUAUGCCAGGUUACAUAGAAAUGCUUUCAAAAGCAUGGAUUGCUUUCAAAGAACUAGGUCUUGAUUGGUCACGUUGUCCAUCAUUGUAUGUCUUUGCGCGUCGUAUCCUCAUAGCCAUACAUCCUAUGCAAAUAAUGCAUGCAGUGUUAGUGGGUGCUUUACUUACCAUUCUACGACUUUGUAUUAAGUGGAGAUUUCUCACGACAAUUAUUCACCAUGUAGGUGUGACGCCAGAAAUAUCUAAUAAACUGAUAGAAUCCAGUUGGAAAGCUUUUUGGUUCCUGUCAAUGUGGCUUUUUAGCCUAAAAGUUGUAUUACUAAGUGGUAAAACAGACUUCCAAUAUCCUUUACGAGCUCUUCGUGGAGUUAAAUUUGAGGUUGGAUACUUCGACAUUCCAACUCCAUCAGAUUAUUACUAUCUGUAUACAUUACAAUUGGGCUUUUAUCUACAUUCAUUUUGGAGUGUAUUUUUCAUGGAUGCAUGGCGUAAAGAUUCAAAUGUCUUAGUUGUUCAUCACAUCCUAGCUGUCUUACUUCUAGAAAGUUCUCUGGUUUUAAGACUUCAUCGUGUUGGUGUUCUGGUACUAUUCCUGCAUGAUUUAUGCGAUGUUUUCUUAGAAUUGGCUAAAGUUAAUAUUUAUCUACGUAUUCGACACGGUAAAUCUCAUCCAAUUCAUAUGACUAUUGCCAAUAUCUUUUUUGCAUUAUUCUCUACUUCAUGGGUUGUUUUACGAUUGUAUUGGUAUCCAUUGAAAGUAUUAUAUGCUACUUCAUGGGGUGCUUAUAUUGCCUUAGUUGGACGAGAAAGUCGAGGUUUCCUCUUCUUUAAUUCCAUGCUAUGGGGAUUAUUUCUAAUGCAUAUAUAUUGGUUUACGUUCAUUUUGCGUAUGGCUGUGCGACUAUUGACCAGUCCUUUGGAAGCAUGCGAUGAUGUACGCGAAGAUGAGGGUUCCUCUAGUGAUAAUAAUAAGAAGUCAGAUAAUGACGACAGUAAUAAUCUUAGUAAUCAUAAAACUGAAAAUUCAUUGAACACUCCAAUAACAACAACUGCAACCAAUACUACAAAUUCAUCUUCCUAUAUGAGAUCAACAAAACUGAUUGAUGGGAAUGAGUGUAGCAAUAAUAAUAUUAAUGACAUUAAUAAUAAUAUUGAUGAUAAUAAUAAUAAUAAUAGUAAGCCAUUGACCAAUGGAAGUGCAUGUGUAUCAAAGAGGUCCAAUUAGCAUAUACAAAGAGUGAGGUUAUAUAUUUGUAUGCAUACAUACCCUUGUUUAUAUAACUAUCUGUCUAUAAAUAUACACAUAUAUAUACACAUGGUAUAUCAUUAUUUUAAUAUUACGGAAUUGCGCAACCUGAUACAAGCUAUCUAGAUUAGUUUGUUUUUUAUUUUCUCUCAUAUCCCCCCUCCCACUUUGUAGCCUCUUAUCGCCAUUAUUAUUAUUAUUACUAUCCAGAAGGUCUAAACUUGACUUGAAUCUAUUAUUUCUAAUUUCCCUGUCUUUGUGUGCAUGUGUGUAUGAACACUAUCUUUGACAUUUUCUGUGAUCUGUUCAUACACACACAAGCACACAUACUCAACACCUAGGGGUUAGUGAGUUCUGUUUAGUUUGUGUGUAUAUGUGUGUAUGUAUGUACUUGGCCGCUUCUGGUGUUUCAUUCCAAUGUCAUCUAGUUCCUCUCUCUCUCUCUCUGUUCAACCCCCAUGUCUUCUGACCUUAUCAAAGCACAUUGAAGUUGUGCAAAAUCCUACUUUCAGGGUUCAUUACAAUUCAUACACAGUAAUGUGAAGAUGCCUACUCAGUAUUAUUAUUAUCAUUAUUUUUCCACUAUUUGUAAUUUGAUGGUUUAUCCUACCUAGAAGCACACGUCUGUGAUUUCUACUUCUAAUACACCUGUUCCCCCCCCGCCACUCCACCCCGUAUUGCUGCAUAAUUUGGUAACUGACACGGUGGUGGUGGUGGUGGGGGGUUGAAUGGGUAUAUAUAUGUAUGUAUAUGUGACUCUAUUUAUUACGACAUAUCAUUAUCCUUUGAUCACCAGUGUAUGGUUUUCUUUGUCAGGGUUCAUUACGGUUUAACUGUCUCUUCACCGUGAAGUGUAAAUUUCUCUCCCUGCGUGCGCAUGUGUGUGUGUGUGUGUAAAUCAAUGUAAGCAUACAACAUUCUCUGCUACGAUAACUGUAAAAAGAAAGAGAGAGAGAUAGAGAGAAGUGCGCGUAAAAUGAUGCAUGUCAUCAAUGAUAUUCUAUGGAUCCCUAUUUUUCUGACAAUGGUCUGUAACUAAUAGGAACCUUAUUUUUUCUCUCUGACCUUCGUAUGAUUCCCUGUAAUGUUCAUUCCAUUAGUGAUUGGAUGAUAUAUACGUGAUCUAUACGCGUAUUCUCUUUCUGCCUUUGUUUAUUAUUUUUGUUCUUGUAUUUUGGAUUGUUUUUCUUUUCUUAAUUUUACCUUUCACUAUUUUUUUGUUUAUUUUUGUUUGUUUGUUUCUUUUCACUUUUCUAAGAUAUACAUAUGUAUACAUAUCAAAAUAAGUAAAUAAACAAUAUUCUGUGAAUUUUUCCACUAUUUCUUCUUAUCUUCUGUCUUGGCGUUCCGAGUGAAGAACACACAAUAGACGGUUCAGGUUGAAAAUCACAGCGUUAUUGAUGAAGUGACUAGGUUUUAUAGCACAUAGAACCUACCUAGCAUAGAAGUGUGGCAGUUCAAGUUGUCACAAGCCACUUAGCUACAAAAAAAGAGAGAGCUACCUUGACAUACGAGCGGAUACUAGCUAAAAGUAAUGUUCCUGUGAAGGUUU